AUGGUUGGAGCUUAUUUCAAGCGUAGAGGUGAACUUCAUGAAUCUCAAGCAAAAGAAAUUGAGGCAGCAUUACGUAAAGGGGAGCUUGAAACUGGUAGGGGUUUGAAUCAAGAAUUAGGUCUUGCUAGAGCCGGUGAUACUAGAUGGGGAUGUCACUACAAAUCUUUUAAGAAUUUUAUUCUUAUGUUUGGUCCUAUCAUUGAUGUACUUGAUGCUAUUGCUGUUAAUGCUCAUUUUGAAGAAAAGUGUAGGGCAAAGGGAUAUCUUAAAGCAUGUUUAACAUUUGAGGCUGUCUUCAUGUUGCACUUCAGGCGCACUGUUUUAGCAAUCAUAAAUGAGCUUAAUGCAUCUUUUCAAAAGAAAGAGCAAGACAUUGCAAAUACCAUGCUACUUGUUGGAGUGGCAAAAGAAUCACGUCAGAGAGUUGAUGAUUAUACUGUUUUACAUCACUACCAAAUUGCAAUAUUUUAUAAAAUUAUUGAUUGGCAAUGUCAAGAACUCAAUAAUCGCUUUGAUGAGCUUGAGAAUUACAUUGUUGAUUUCGGGGAUCAUGAUAAAAGGUUUUCCGAUCUUAAGGGACUUGGUGAUAGUUGCAAGAAACUAGUAGAGACAAGGAAGCAUGGAGCGUAUCCUCUUGUGUUCCGACUAGUGAAAUUUGCUUUACUUCUGCCAGUUGCUAUUGCUAUAGUUGAAAGAGCUUUCUCUGUAAUGAAGUUGAUUAAGACUGACUCAUGA